GCUACCAGUGUCUCGCCGGCCGCGCUGCUGUCACCGCCGCUGUCGCCGCUGCUUCUGGUUAGGAAGAUGACUGUGGGGAAAUCUGCCGGGGCGCCCGAAUGCGCCGAGUGGAGGCGUGAGAUAUUUCCCCCCAAAUCUUCUUCAGACACUGAGCCAGAAGAUGAGCUGUCUGAAGAAGGGCUGGUUUUGCCCAGAGCUGGAAAACUCCACGAGUUCCUCAGCCCAGAGGAGGAAACAGAUUCUGCUUCUGACUCCACUGGGAGCUUUUCUAGGACCUUACAGGCUGGAAAGCAGAAAGGCCGGUGGAGUCGGCUGGAGUCUCUGUGUCAGUCUGACCCAGACAGUGGUCAGGACGGCUCUGAGGAAGAGGAAGACUUAGAGACUUUCUUCCAAGACAAGAGCAGGGGGAAGCCACAGGUCCGGGACCCUCCAUCUCUUCGGUGUGGCUCCAUGAGGCGCUGCAGCUCCAUGACCAGCCUUCCUUGUGACUUUGCCAAGACACAGAACCUGCCAGCCUCAGACUCUGGGCCUCCCUCCCAGCACAGAAGUGUCUGCUCCUGGGCAUCCUCCAUCACUGUCCCUCAGCCCUUCCGCAUGACACUGCGGGAGGCCCAGAAGAAGGCCCGGUGGCUGGCCUCACCUGCCUCCUUUGAGCAGGAGAGGCUGCAGGCCCAGAAACAGGGGCAAGAGGAGUCCGAGUGCUUUCGGCAGUUCCGGGCCCAGCCUGUGCCGGCGCAUGUCUACCUCCCACUCUACCAGGAGAUCGUGGAGCGCAGCGAGGCACGGAGGCGUGCAGGGAUCCAGAAGAGGAAGGAGCUGCUUCUCUCCUCCUUGAAGCCCUUCAGCUUCCAUGAAAGGAAAGAGCAGAAAAGGGAAGCUGCUCCACAGACAGACUCGGCUGCAGUGGCUCAGGCCAAGGUCCCCCCAAAGAAGGCCACUAGAAGGAUCCCCAAGGCUGUUCUGGAACCAGCCCUUGGGGACAAACUCCAGGAAGCAGAGCUCCUCAGGAAAAUUCGAAUCCAGAUGCGAGCCAUGGACAUGCUCAAGAUGGCUUCGUCCCCCAUCAGCACGUCCAGUAGCCAGACUCCCCGCACAGCUACCCGCACCCAGGAGGAAAAGCUGAGCUUUCUACAGACAGAAUUCGGAUUCCAGCCUCGGGUGAACCCUGGGGUCCCUGACUACGAGGGCCUUUACAAGGCUUUCCAGAAAAGAGCUGCCAAGAGAAGGGAGACCCGGGAGACAACACGAAACAAGCCCUUCCUGCUACGGACGGCCAGCCUGUGCCACACUCCACGGCCCUGUGAUGUCGCUACUGCUGAAGGCGGGAAAAAGAGAACCCAGAAGUCCCCUCAGCCAGACGCUACCCCCUUGCCAAGGAGUCAUUCUCUGAGUGGUCUUGCUUCCUCUUCUGCCAACACCCUCCCUGUGCACAUCACAGAUGCUACCAGGAAGAGGGAGUCUGCAGUCAGAAUGUCACUUGAAAAAAAAGACAAAUCAGACAAGAGCAUUCAGUGGCUGGAGAUGCACAAAAAGAACUGUCAAGCCAUGUCUAAAUCAGUGACCCUGCGGGCUAAAGCCAUGGAUCCCAAUAAAAGCCUAGAAGAGGUGUUCAAAGCGAAGCUAAAAGAGAACAGAAACUUUGUUAAUUCCAGGAACAAUGACCGUAAAAGAACAAAGGAAUAUAAGAAAGAAUUGGAAGAAAUGAAGAGAAGAAUACAAACAAGGCCCUAUCUCUUCGAACAAGUUACCAAGGCCCUCGCCAGGAAAGAAGCAGAAGAGCGGUAUCGGGACACCCUGAGGCAGGCUGGCCUGGAGGAAGAGUUUGUGAGAACCAAGAGUCAAGGCACACAGGCUGUGCAAGGCAAGAAGAAAGCCAAAGCCAAGGAUUCUCCUAGAAUCCAAGAUACUAUAAAACUCAGCAUCCAAGAUUCAUGGCAGGAUUUAGAUGAUUCUGGACCAGCCUGCUAACCCAUGGAGGAACUGAAGAGCAAUGGCUUGAACAGCUAACCAAACUGCUUGUUGAAGCAGUCCGUUCAUCAUUACCACAUCUGAUCAUCAAGCAGCCAACUAGGUGAGGAGCUUGAGUUUAGAGCCAUGGCUACUGUUAGGGAAUGGGAGAAAAUAACAACAGAAAUGGCUUGAAGAGAUGGAAGUAGAGUUGAAAGCGGAGGGGUCCAAGGUUCUUGCUUUGCGCUUGACACUAAGGAGUGGGCACAGAAAACAAGAUAGAAGCCCACACCUAUGGAGUAGGUACAAGAGGAAUGCAGGUAGAAAAGCGGAACUAGAGAUCCAGGGCCGCCAGACC